AUGGACACGAGCAACAGUAAUCAGGAUCACGACUCCCACGUGGCAGAGCAGACGGAGGACGAUAAUGCUUACAUGCCACCUUCCCCCUCCAUGAGUGAGAGCUCUAUGAUUUUUGAAAGAAACGUGGAGGACCCAUCGUAUCUUUAUAAAACAGUGUCGAAUAACGCUGCAAAUUCCCUAUCCAGACAUAGCAGUCGGACCAGUUUGUUCAAUCAUAAUAACUCAAGCAACAGGAACUUCCAUAACUUGAGCCAAAAAUCGUCUGCGGUGAAUCUACACCUGCAACCUUCCAGGACAAACGAGUCUAUAGCAUCUUACCAAACGUACAAUCCUGAUUUCAUUGUACAGACUCCCCUGGAUCACCGUCGUACCAUAGAGAAUUUCGUCCCUCCUGCAUUAGACGCUGGUUGUUCUAUUGUGACUGAUGAGGCGACUGGGUUGGACGACGUCGACAUGGUUUAUUCGAGAAGACCAUCCACCAUUGGGCUGGAUAGAGCUCUAGGCAGGACAAGGAGUCUUUCCUCGCAAUCCUUUGACAACGAGGCGUCGCCCGCGCACCCAAGAUCUCCUAACGAGCACGGUUCGAGAUUACUAAGGUUCUAUUCCUACGCUGAUAUGCUGUCUGAUGACAAUAAUAACAGCGCAAGUAAUAGCACAUCGACGCCCUCUUCCGCAAACCCCUUGAGAAGACCUCCUAUGCAAAAUCACUACUCAUUUUCGUCCUCGCUUUUGAAUUCUCCUUCUCAUCUGCCUUCACCCCCAUCGGCUUCAACAUCACCAUCUCAACAUAUGAACUUCACUAAUCCGUUCAUCAUAUCUAGACGCUACUCUAACACAACGGUCAACAACGCCAAUGGAACUGGUGCUGGAAGCGCCACGGGGGCCGCACUAUCGAGAUCGCCAUCAAAUCAGCAGUACCUGCUUAAACAGCAGAGGUCGCCUUCGGGAAAUGCCCGUUCAAGAAGAAACAGCAACAGGCCCGGCAGUGUUGCGAACAUAAUGGUCGGGAAACCCAAAUCCAAGUUUCAUAUUGAGUCUAGUGGCAGCGAAGGGUUUUCGUCCGAAGAGGAGGACAACACUAUGAUCGAAAGAGAUACACUAAACCUGAAGCAAAAAUUGCAGUCACAGUUAGCUCAGCCACCAUCGAUUGCUGUGAACACGAUUAACGAUAACCAUCACCAAAAUAAUAAUAAUAUUAAUUACAACAACAGCAACAACAACAACAACAACAAUAAUAAUAUUAAAAAUAAUAAUCAGAAUAGUCCUGCGUUUCCAAACUUAAAUCCUGGCUCAAAAUCCAAUUCAAACUCUACAAUAACUUCCAUGAACCCAGGCACAACCGAAUAA